AUUGAUUCAUUAAAAAGUGGAUUGUGAGACACACAUUUCAUAAUGAUCCAUAAUGAUUUUUAGGGAACAGCUGUGUACUCCACGACUGACAAAAUAAACAUUUUCAGCUGUGAAUGGAUCCUUCCUAUAAAGGGGUUCAAGGCCUGAAGAUUGCUUUCACUGUCAGUGAUAUCCUUAACACAAAAACACCCAUGGAAAAGAGCAGUGUGGAUAUUCAAGAGAAGAGGAAUUAUACAACAGAGACACCACAUCAAUUACAGUGCCCUAAACAUUGGCUUCAACUCCAGGAUAAAUGCUUGACUAUUUCUAGUUCUUUCAAAACUUGGAAUGACAGUCUAGCUGACUGCUCCCAAGGAGAAUCCAGUUUGCUGCUCAUCCAAGAUCAGGAAGAAUUGAGAUUCAUACAGAACCUGAUUAAGAAUGAAGGAAAUCUGUAUUGGAUUGGACUAAAUUUUACAUUAUCAGAGAAGAAGUGGAAGUGGAUAAAUGGUUCUUUAUUAGAUCAUGACAGAUUACAAAUUUUUGGUGAAAAUAAAGAAAACAGCUGUGCUGCUAUCUCAAUGAAGGUAUUUUCUGAGAUCUGUAAUUCAGAAAACAAAUGGAUCUGUGAAAAGAAACUAAAGCCUGUCAGAAAUAAAGUAUCUUGACUAUGAA